AUGCCACCAAAACGCAAGGCAGCAUCCGUGUCGUCAUCGUCCAGCGCAAAGCGACGACGAGCAAGUUCAACCCUCUCUCCACCUGAGCUCGAGCCCGAGACCCAACCCGAGCCCGUCCCCCGCGUCGCGGGGUUCGACGACUAUCGCAUCAACCUCACCAAAGGCGAUGUCUUGUACAUUCCCAAUUUCGUCUCCGAGUCCGAGUCGCAAGGGUGGUAUGAAGCCCUAGCCGCGUUACCGACAUGGCAUCACCCCACGCUACGGGUAUACAACCGGGACCACGAGAUACCCAAGGAGCGAAGGGUUAAGACUGGUCGUAUUAGCUUGACCUUUCGACAGAUUGAGUAG